AUGACUUCCUCGCCGACCGACCCAGGAGUGAGAAGCACCGUGCACGGAGAAGAAACCAUAAAGAAGGAAGACAUCGCCUGGAGAACCGCGCACCCAUACGUGAAGCCCUCAAACGCCGAUGACUUCAAGGCAGAAUGGGAGGGAUCGUGCCACUGCGGAAGCAUCAAGUACCUACUGGGUAGGGAGAAGCCACUAUCCUCAAAAUACUGUCACUGCGUCGACUGCCAGAGGAUGCACGCGGCUCCGUUCCAGUGGGCAGCAAUCUUCCACAAGUCCGACUUCCGCUUUCUCAACGGCGCCCAGGGACUGAACUUCUAUUCACCUUCGCUCCGACGGCCUCUCCACGAUCUGCCCUGCAAGGUCUACUGCGGGACGUGCCACACACCCAUCAUGGACGAAGGCAGGCGGAUGAUUAUGCUGUUCCCGGAGCUUCUCAAGGGCAUUCACUCUCAAAGGGGAAAGCAGGCGUUCAAAAUCGGAGACCACAUCUGCUGGGGUGGUCGGGUUGUGGAUGAAGGGGUGUUCGAUGGCGACGGGGUGAGGAAAUGGAAGGGAGUUGACAAGCAGAGUGAGUUGCUUGAUGACGGCAAGAAUGGGAAGUUAUAG